AUGGCGGAAGCACACCAGGCGGUAGCUUUCCAGUUCACUGUGACCCCGGAUGGGGUCGACUUCCGGCUUAGUCGGGAAGCUCUGAGACACAUCUACCUGUCCGGAAUCAACUCCUGGAAGAAACGCCUUAUUCGCAUAAAGAAUGGCAUCCUUAGGGGUGUGUACCCUGGCAGCCCCACCAGCUGGCUGGUUAUUGUCAUGGCAACGGUUGGUUCCAACUACUGCAAGGUGGACAUCUCCAUGGGGCUGGUCGAAUGCAUCCAGAGAUACCUCCCUGGCAGGUAUGGCCCUUAUGGGACCCCACAGACCCAGGAACUUCUCAGCAUGGUCAUCUUCUCCACCGGGAUCUGGGCAACAGGCAUUUUCGUAUUCCGACAAACCCUGAAGCUGCUGCUUUCCUACCACGGAUGGAUGUUCGAGAUGCACAGCAAGACCAGCCAUGCCACCAAGAUCUGGGCUAUCUGUGUUCGCCUUCUGUCCAGCCGGCGGCCCAUGCUCUACAGCUUCCAAACAUCUCUGCCGAAGCUUCCUGUGCCCAGCGUGCCAGCCACCAUUCAUCGGUACCUGGAUUCUGUGCGGCCCUUAUUGGAUGAAGAAGAAUAUUACCGCAUGGAGACACUGGCCAAAGAAUUCCAGAACAACACUGCCCCCAGGCUGCAGAAAUACCUGGUACUCAAGUCAUGGUGGGCAACUAACUAUGUGAGCGACUGGUGGGAAGAGUACGUCUACCUCCGAGGCAGGAACCCCAUCAUGGUGAACAGCAACUAUUAUGCCAUGGAUUUUGUGCUUAUCCGGAACACAAACGUGCAAGCAGCACGUUUGGGAAAUGCCGUUCACGCCAUGAUCAUGUAUCGCCGCAAACUGGACCGUGAAGAGAUCAAACCUGUGAUGGCGCUGGGCAUGGUGCCCAUGUGCUCCUACCAGAUGGAGAGGAUGUUCAACACUACACGCAUCCCAGGCAAGGAAACAGAUGUGCUGCAACACCUGUCAGAGAGCAGGCACGUGGCUGUCUACCACAAAGGCCGCUUCUUCAAAGUGUGGCUCUACGAGGGCUCUCGCCUGCUCAAGCCUCGAGACCUAGAGCUGCAGUUCCAGAGGAUCCUGGAUGACCCUUCCCCGCCUCAGCCUGGGGAGGAGAAACUGGCAGCCCUCACUGCAGGAGGAAGGGUAGAGUGGGCACAGGCACGUCGGACCUUCUUUAGCUCUGGCCGAAACAGAACUUCUCUGGAUAUCAUUGAGCGUGCUGCUUUCUUUGUGGCCCUGGAUGAAGAGCCCCACGGCUACAACCCUGAUGAGGAGAACAGUCUAAGCCUUUACGGCAAAGCCUUGCUUCAUGGUAACUGCUACAACAGGUGGUUCGACAAAUCUUUCACUCUUAUUUCCUUCAAGAAUGGCACAUUGGGCCUCAACACAGAGCAUUCAUGGGCAGAUGCCCCCAUCAUUGGGCACCUCUGGGAGUUUGUCCUGGGCACUGAUACCUUUCACCUGGGUUACUCGGAGACUGGGCACUGCAUGGGUGAGCCAAACAUGAAAUUGACCCCUCCUCAGCGGCUGCAGUGGGACAUUCCUGAGCAGUGCCGGGAAGCCAUCGAGAAUUCGUACCAGGUGGCCAAGGCACUGGCUGACGAUGUGGAGUUGUAUUGCUUCCAGUUCUUACCCUUUGGCAAAGGCCUCAUCAAGAAGUGUCGGACCAGCCCUGACGCUUUCGUGCAGAUUGCCCUGCAGCUGGCUCAUUUCCGGGACAAAGGCAAGUUCUGCCUGACAUAUGAGGCCUCAAUGACACGAAUGUUCCGAGAGGGGCGGACUGAGACUGUGCGUUCCUGUACCAGUGAGUCCACAGCCUUUGUGCAGGCCAUGGUGAAGGGGUCCCAUACGAAAGAAGACCUCCAGGCUCUCUUCCGGAAGGCUUCGGAAAAACACCAAAACAUGUACCGCCUGGCCAUGACAGGGGCAGGGAUCGACAGGCAUCUCUUCUGCCUUUAUAUCGUCUCCAAGUACUUAGGGGUUAGCUCUCCUUUCCUGGCUGAGGUGCUUUCAGAACCCUGGAGCCUCUCCACAAGCCAGAUUCCUCAGUCCCAGAUCCGCAUGUUUGAUCCCAAUCAAUACCCUAAUCACCUGGGUGCUGGAGGUGGCUUUGGCCCUGUGGCAGAUGAUGGUUAUGGGGUUUCUUACAUGAUCGCAGGUGAAAAUACUAUGUUCUUCCAUGUUUCCAGCAAGUUCUCAAGUUCUGAGACGAAUUCUCAACGCUUUGGGAACCACAUCCGCCAAGCACUGUCGGACAUCGCUGAUCUUUUCAAAGUUACCAAGGCUGAAAGCUGAGGACAGGAGAGAGCAGCUGCCCUUUUGUCCCCACCUGGUGGAGGAAGAGGCCUGUGGCCAGUUCAUAGGCAUAAGGGGCAGCGUGCACACGUGCCCAGUUCUGCAAACAGCUCUGGUGGCAGGAGCUCCCCAGGCACACACUGCUCCUUUGGGGCCCAGCUGGAGGUGGGACUGGAGCAGCGCCGCAAUUUUGAUUUUUUUUUUUGUCUUGGUAGAUGCUAAUAAAAAAAUAAGGCUAUAUAAUUCUCUCUCAGCCCUUAGGUGCCUAUGUUUUGUUAGAGAACUGUAAGGCCCUCUUCCUGCCCCCCUCAGGCUAGAAUGGUGGAAAUGGGAGAGCUAGGAGAAUGUUCAUGGGGACGUUUACCUGCUUUGAAAUAUGUGCCUUCCCAGAACAAUGCAGGCUUUGACAGUGCGCCCCACCCCCUCGCGUGCACUUGGAAUAAAUCCUUGCUUUAGAA